UCACAUCGUCGGCCAGUUAGUGACUUCCAUUCAACCAAGAUCAACACACGUCCGUUUGAUGAGCUGGGAUGAAGAAACCAGUAUUGAUAGUGGCAUUCGCGCUUCUCAUCGGACAACGAUUCGCGGAUUCACAGGAAUGCUCGGGAAGAUGCGUCAAAAAGGAUGAAUGUCAAAUAACUGGAAGUUCAGAUGUUGUGGUCGUUCCAGUAUUGCCAAUCACUCAAGCAGGUGCACUUGAUGCAGAUUUCGUCGAUCUUAGACUCGACGAAGGUUGCGAUAGACUGGAGACCUGCUGUUCGGAAGGUGAUAUCAUUCCCAGUGCACCGAAAGGAUCUUUCACUUUCGGUCAAUGUGGUGUAAGAAAUCAGAACGGAAUUGGCUACAGACUGGUCGGUCAUAAAAAUGGAGUUUCGGAAUACGGUGAAUUCCCAUGGACGUUGAUGGUGUUGAAAUCCCAACAAGUAGUCGACAUUUAUAAGGAAGUAUAUAUAUGUGGAGCAUCGUUGAUCGCUCCAAAUCUGGCACUGACAGCUGCUCAUUGUGUGGUAAACUUCAAAAACGAGAAAUAUUACGUUCGAGCAGGCGAAUGGGACACAAACACCGACAGAGAGUUGUAUUCUACGCAGACCCGUGACGCAUCGGAAAUAAUAAUCCACGAAAAUUAUAACAAACAUCACCACAACAACAUAGCUUUGCUCAGACUGGAUACUCCGUUCAACGCAGAUAAAAAUGUUCAAAUCAUUUGCCUACCGCCGGUCGGUUCCAGCUUCACUGGCCAGGAAUGCUUCACUGGUGCAUGGGGUAAAGACAAAUUUGAACAAGGAAGACUGCAGAAUAUUCUCCGACGGGUAGAGGUACCGGUUGUUUCACAUGACCAAUGCCAAGACGCAUUCCGGUCCACACGGUUGGGGCCGCGCUUCGUACUGCAUGACAGUUACAUGUGCGCCGGGGGAGAGGAGAAUGUCGACGUGUGUACGGGAGACGGUGGUGCUCCGCUAGCCUGUGCCACUCCGGGGGACAGUGGUCGAUACUAUCAAGUGGGAAUUGUCGCUUGGGGAAUUGGCUGCGGGCAGAAAGGUAUUCCCGGAGCAUACACAGACAUCGUUAGUUUUAUUCCGUGGAUCCGGAAUAAGAUGGCGAGUUUGGGUAUCGACGGGAGCACAUCAACUUUCUAAUGAUGCGCAAUC